AAACAUCUUGAACUACAUCGAAGCUCUCGCUGUGCUCACUUUCUGAUCCAACAAUCAUUUCGUCGAUAACUUUUUUCAUAAGCUGUAACUCCCGCCAGCAUAAGAUACCAAAAUCAUUCAAUCACACGUAUUAUCGAUGUAAUACUGUGUCUCAUGUAAUAGACAUUAUUCAAGGGCAACACUAUGCACAAUGUGUGCUAUUUGAGCUAACAUCCAAACAAUGAAAAAGGGACGCUAGGAGCUUCCUCGCUAGCAAAACAAACCACUGGCAAGACGUGUGUGCUCUUCACCAGAAUUGGUUUUUACACAGGGCCCUCGAUGCGUGUGUGAGUGUAGUGGUGAACACCGUCCCCGUUUGAUGGUGUGUGCAAAAGCAAUGAGUUAAGAUUCGACAUCCAACUCUGGUGGAGAAUAUGUCGAUGGUGUUCUAGCAGAUAUCGUACAAAAAACCCGUGGUGUGCUUGCUUAUCUGGGAUAGAUGGUGCAGAAUCUACUGCAAAUACGCAGAUAGAAGUGAAAUUUAUUGUGACUCUGUCGGCUGAUCACUAUGGAGCAGAGUAUCGCACAAAGCAGUUUGGUGCCGGUGCAGAACAUGGAAGAUGGUUCCCAGAAGUCAUCGGAGCAAUCAUUCCAGGACCACCGCACUCUAAUACCCAAUUCUACCGACGUUAGUGGUUGCUGCAGGUUGUGCUGCAAUGAAGAUUCCCAUCUCCGAGAACUUUUUGCAGGCGGGUACAAAGAGGAGCUGCUCGUACGUAAAAUCUUCGAGUGUACCACAGUGGAGAUCACUUUGGCCAGUGACCCGGAUGCUCUGAUAUGCUAUUCCUGUGUCGCAAAAAUUGAGGAGUUCCAUCACUACAGAGAACAGUGCCGCACCAACGAUGUACUGCAUAGAAACUGGAAACGGCGAUUGGGAGGGCAAAUCGCUACGGCUUCAUCUUCAUCAUCGAUGAUACUUCCCGCAAAGUACAUCAAAAAGGAAAAAGAUGUAGAGUCCUUUGAAAUCAAUGCUGGCGACUUCUUCCCAGUGGAUGUUCCGCAACAAUCCGAUGAGAUGUUUGGUAUGCAUGGACCAAUUGCCAGUAUUGCCGAUUCGUCUAGUGCGGUGAACGCAUCAUCUGCUCCUAACGAGCACGAUGUAUGCAAUACUCCAGAAGAAGAAGAAGAGGAAGAGGAGGAAGAAGAAAAUCUUUUGGAGUUGAUGCCAGAACGUCCACAAGAUGAAUUCCGUUUUUUGUACACCAAUGACAACGAGGAGGUCGCCAAACAAAAUGAUUUCGAUUGUGAUGUGCCGAUCAAAGAAGAAAUGCCCGAUAUUGAUGACACAGCCGAAGACAUCUGGAACAAUUUUGAGGACGAUGUUAGCAUGGACCAUACUUCGGCAUUAAUACCGCUAAUGGAAAGUUCUUCAUAUUCAGUGAGUGUCGCACCCGAAACAGAUUCACAGCGGCCUUUCCGCGAGGUAUACAACGGUGAGGCGCUAGUUUGUCUGGUUCAAGACGGGUUUUUGUACAUACAAAAAGGGAAAGGGCAAUGGCAUUGCCGAGUGGAAGAUUGUGCAGCUGCAAUCAUCAGGCGAGCAGAGAGCGAAGACCUGGAAACAAACAACAUUCUUCAUACGCAUAACAAGGAAGUGGAAAAUAGUGCGACCGAUUUGCAAAUAUGGCAGCUGCUGAAAAACGCAUCACCAAACGGAAUGUCGGAUGAGCUGUUCCAUUAUGUAAAGAACGCAAAAAAAGGAAACUCAAUCGUAUACAAGGGCUAUCGAUACGGCAUGAAACAUAGCAGGCUAGAUGGCACAAUAUUUUGGAAAUGCAACGCUUUGAACGGCACUUGCCCGGCUGGACUGUAUCAGAGUACAAACAAUGAGUUCGAAACUGUUGAAACUCAUUUACACAAGCAGCAGGAAUCCAGCUGCGAGACAACACAACAUAAUUCAAACGUUACAGACGAUGACGUUGAUGAAUUGGCUGAAAAUACACCACUGAAGACUAAGAUUAAAUUACGGAUCGGUCAGCAACCAAAUGCAAUGGAGAGUCGAUCCCUUUCUCCUUCCACGGGCGGCGAGAAGAACGAUGAUUUGCAAACCAACCAAAAAGAUGACAAGAGAGUUGUUCGGAAAGGCUAUGGUCACAAAAUUGUGAAUAACGCAAAUGGUCGACCUCGCCUUCAUUUCGAUGGGAAUCUAUACGUGCGCGAAUCGGCUCGAGCGGACGGAGUGGUGGUAUGGCGUUGUCGUCGAAAUUACGAUAUGUGCGGUGUUGUUGCAUUCCUACAUCCAGAUGGACUAGUGGAGGUGAGGGGAAACCAUGAUCAUUCUUCCAUCAAAAGUACGAUGAGUAUUACCGAAAACAUGACCAGAACCAAAAACUAUGAACUGUCGCCCACGUGGAAAGGUGGCGAGGCUCUCGUGCUAAAUGGAUAUCGGUUUCUGAAAGCCUAUUCAAGAGUAAAUGGGAUGAGCUUGUGGCGUUGCGUUGGUUCGCUGGGCGUCGUUUGCCGCGUGAAGGUAACUACCGAUGCGGAUGGGGUGGCCUAUAUCUCCAAAAAUGAACAACAUUUGCAUGAUAAACCCAAACGGCCCCAUAAAUCCCCGAGCAAGGUUGUUGAAAAUACCCAAAUCAAGGAGAAACAGGCAGAUAGUGCCAAUAAAAAUGAGAAAAAAAUGGUCCGUUUAGGGCAUCAAAUUACCAACAAGGCAUGCUCACCAGUACGGAAAACGGUGAACGUAACACGAAAAUCCAAUGAGUGCGCUACUACUUCUGCCGCUGGAAAAUCACUAAAAGUUAUGUCUAAAUCACAAACGGCGCGCAACUAUCGAAUUAUAAAGAACAAGAAAGGUAACAAGGCUCUAGUGUACGGCGGAUACCGGUAUUGCAAAAUUCGAACUCGUCAAGAUGGAAGCAUCUGUUGGGUGUGUCGGAUGAACAAAAAAACGUGUCGCGCUGGAGUAUACCAAUAUCCCGAUGGUCGAUUUGAAUGGAUUAAUGAAAGGCGUCAUAAUCACAGCCCCACCGAUGCAACAGAACCAUCAGCAUCACCUUCACCACCGCCUAAAAAGAUGUUGACAAAGGUGGUUAAAAAACGCCCGUUUCAUAUAGACGACGAAACGUUUGUAAGCAGCGAGUGGUAUCUAGUAAGGAACAAAAAAAAUGGUGCAUCGCUCAUUCACGCUGGUUACCGUUAUAACAAAAAAGCAGACCGAUCGGACAAUACAUCAAUGUGGCGCUGCUCCCAAGCCAGCAAUGGUUGCCGUGCUGGGAUUGUGAUGUACACCAACGAGACGAUAGCAAAGCUCGAAGAUAUUGAUCAUAUCCAUCCGCCUCCUGCUAAGACCAGUGGCGACGAGGACAUUAUUUUCAAUGAUCUUGAUAUAAGCAAAGAGUCUGCUAGUACGAGCAAACAUUGUAGCAACCCCGGGGCUAGGAUAGCUAACUUGAAUAGAUGUAUUGAGGAAAAGGAUGAUCCUGAAGCAAAUAUGCGCUCGUUGCUAAACAGUACGCUGGAUAUAUCCGACGAGCCAAAGAAUGAAGUGUCUGGAAAAAUUGUGAUCCCAGCUGCGGAAGCCCAUUAUCGAUAUGUGAAAAACCGACGCCAUACGCAAGGCUUGGUUUUUCGAGGUUUUCGAUAUUCGCGCUCAACUAUGCGCGAACGUAGCGAUGGUACCGUGAAGUGGAUUUGCCAGAUGAACAGAAAAACCUGUCGCGUCAGCUUAAAAAUUAUGAAGGAUGGAAGUUUGGAAAUGGACGAUCAGAAGCACAACCAUUUGCAGCUGCCGGAGGAUAUGGACGAUAACUUUACUGACGAAGAUGAUGACAACGACGACAAUGCUUCAGCAUGGGACGAAACUCCGGACGAUCAUAAGAAUGAGACGCAUAACAAACAAAUCAAGCCUAAGGUUAAAGAAGAACAGGAUUACUAUUUUGCUUUGAAUCGCGCGAAUGGGGAGAGUUUGAUAUUCCAGCAAAACCGUUUCAGCAAAGAUUACUCGCGCCCGGACGGAUCGACCGUUUGGCGCUGUAUGGUGCGUCAAGCAUGUAUAGGUAGAGCAUUGCUACGUCCAGACAAUACGUGCUCUAUGUAUCGCAAUACAUAUCACAAUCAUCCUCCACUGGAUGUGCUUCCACCGCCAUUGCGAUAUCCACCCAAGGAAACUAGUUCACAGGCAUCACCCGAACAAACCUUGCUAGCAGACCUGGCAGCCGAAAUACAAGACGCGUCCUCAAGUGUGAUUGUGAAAGGAGAUAUGGUUAUUUAUAAGCAAAACCGUAUGAAAAAGAUAAAAUCAUUUCCUGAUGGAACCGCCAUGUAUGCUUGUGCGGAACUAGACAGCUGCAAAUCGUUAGUAAAACUACAACUGGACUCAACUGAAGGUACAACAUCCUCCCCGGUAAUACUAUUCGAGUGGCCCCAUAACCAUCCAAGCUUCUUAACAGCCGCUAGCAACAGUAGCAAGAGUGCCGCGCAAGACUUUCCACAGAAGAUUCCUACCAAAAUGUCAAAACAAUCCACCAAAGGUGUUACAAAAAGUAGUAAAGAGUUUCAAUUGUAUAAAAGUGAUCGGGGCCAUAUUACGCUAGUGUACAAAGGAUAUCGUUUUUCACUGCGCAGUCAUAACAACAUAACCGACGACACCGCGUGGAAAUGUCGCGCAAACAGAACCUGCAAUGCUUUCGUAGCCUUUACCAAAGAUGGCAAAGUUGUUCGGCAGGGAAACGGUAAGGCGAAGGCUGUAUCACACAAUCAUCCCAUUAACGGUGAAUAUAUUGAGCGGGCAGUGCCGUUUGAAUUGGCAGAUCUCGACCCACCUGCAGAGAACUUGGGUGUGUUUGCUGCUCAAUGGUUGAAUGGAACGUACAGCGGAACACUUAGUGGCAAACCAAUUAACUCCUCCUCCUCCUCACCUAAAACCACUGAACGCAUUGAUCGACACAAAGUGAUACACCAUAAAAACUUCUCUUACAAACUGCAGACAAUUAAGAACGGUCGAGAAUGCUGGCGCUGUACAAUGUUCCAAACAAGAGCUUGUCGGGCUGCUCUGUUUUGUCACAAAAAUGGCAAAAUUGUAGAAUGUACGAAUGGGCGUCCGCAUAACCACGAAGCAACCAAGUCGCGAUCGGAUGCACAGGAAGAUGUUACCCCACACAAGACAAAUAGUGGUCCCAGAGCGAAAUCCACAGCCACAGAGACAGCAGUCGCUGUGUAUCGUGGUUCCGAACAGUACUCCGAUCAAAACAACAAACAUCAGCCCAAUGAAGAGAGUGCUGAAAGUCCAACACCUGCAUACCAAGUAGUGCAAAGGGAUGGAGUUAAUAUUCUGCACUAUGAAAGACAUCGGUACGUUGCUUUGAGUAAACGGGAUGCUGCCGAUAAACCAAGUCGGUGGCGUUGUUGUUUGUGGAACAGCCGUCAUCAGUGCCCGGUAGAGCUGAAAAUCCUGCCAACAGACGAAAUACACUUCGAAACGGACCCAACGCACAACCAUCGACCACCUCCGGCUGAGCCUCUAGAAAUGGAGCGUGCUCCUUCCGUGCCCAAUGUGAAAGGUUCCAGAAAGUACCAGCUAAUGGGACGAUCUGAGAGGACCGUUUUUUACAAAGGAUAUAAAUAUUUCUGGAAAGAACGAAAGGACGAUAUGACGCACUACAACUGUAUAUGCAACGUUUCCCAUGGAUGUCCGAUGAGUGUGAAAAUAGAUCCAAAUGGAUUGCUGUUUGAAUGUUCCAACGCUUCCCACAACCACGAGGCGACAGCAGAAGACAGUCGAUUGAGCACAUCGUCGCAAUUGUACACCCCAGAGGCCAUAAAGCACGAAUCAUCAAAGACUAUGAGGCAUUGGUCCGCUGCGUCAAAGCAGGCCAGAAUGGAACAAUGUUCAAAAGUUGGCUCCAGCGACUAUACCUUUGUGCGAUCCUCCCAGGGAGUAUCUAUGCUGUUUGCAGGUCAUAAAUAUUGGUUUCACAGCAAGCUGUCAUGUGGACUGCAUAUAUACCGGUGUCGUUACCAGAAGCUGAAAGAUUGUACCGGUUCUGUGUAUCUAGAUACCGAAACCAAUCUACUGCACCAUCGUUUCGAUGCCAUGCAUAAUCAUGAACCAGAAAUGGAAGAUGCAGCGAGUAAAGCUAAGGUCAACGAUGUGGUAGGCGGCAUACCUGAUAAUUCAGCCCAAAAACCGAGUUCGAAAAAGUCCAGCUAUGGAUCCAACGAAAAGCAUGGUGAACCUUUCGCGCAGAAUCAGCUGUACCCCGUGGUGCCUAAAAAAGAAAGGAUAAAGAAAGAAGUAACCAUAACGGACGAAUAUUCGUUCCUAAAAGACUCGUACAGCAAGAAUCUGCUUUUAUACCAAGACUACGUGUUCGAAUUUCUUGCUUCGCACUAUCGCAACAAUGGCAGCAAAUUUUACAGCUGCCUAUAUUCGGAGUGCUCAGCAUCUGUAAAGCUUCUUUCAUCCGGCAGCUUAAAGGUAUUCUCUCCGGUUCACCACGCUCAUGAACGACCCGAUUUGACUGAUUACCGUACGGUUGGUCGUGGUUCGGCCGACUAUCGUUUGCUACCGACAGCUCCCGGCUCAAACCCUGUGAUACUAUUUGAAGGCCAUCGGUAUUGUGCUUCUGCGAGCCAGGCACUACCAGACAAUACGACAAUAUUUUACUGCUCUAGAAAAAAGUCUAGCGCCGCAAAGAUCAAUCUCAAUGGACGGUGUCUCGCCUCGCUGGAACUGUUACCUAACGGACGAGUCAUUACAGAUGGUAUUCACCAGCACCCUGUGUGUAGUCAGCCCACUUCUAAUGAUUCCGACACCCCAAAUUCAUCAGAAUCGACCGAAGCAAAUUUGAUGGUUAUGGAAGGACGAUCCUAUCGAUACUACGAUAAACGACAGGACGGAACAGUCGUAAGGAUAUGUGCAGAUGAUCCUAGGUGUAUGGCCAAACUCUAUCGCGCUCCCGGUGGUAAAUGGGAGCACGGUAAGACGAAACAUGUAUUGAGACAUGUAAUACCAAAAGUGGUGAAUCCAAAGGUGGUUCCAGUUUUACCAGCUGCAUCAACUAGUGCUGCACCAACAACCACUUCCAAUCAUUUGCCCAAUGCCAACCCCAGCAGCAGCGGUAACUUGCGAACCAAGUGGUUCGAAGGGAAUCGGUACAACUUUUAUCUGACCCGUCGCGACGGCGUACAGUAUUGGCGUUGCAGCAAACGCAUGGAGGAAAAUUGCGAUGCCGGUAUCUUGUGCUACCCUUCAGGUACAAUAAUGCCAGCUAACACCAUACCUCAUACGCACUCGAAAAUAGAGCCGAAUUCAAGCAAAUCAUCGCAUAAUGUGGUACAACGACCAACAGUGUUACUACCGGAUGAAGGACAGAGGGUUCGGGAAAAUACGGAACCUACAUCUUUGGUUUUUAUCAAAUCGGAAUCGAGUGAUGGAAGUGGGAAAUCGCAGUACGAAAUAUUGAAAAAGGACGAGCGGAAAAAAAUGUUCAUGAUGUACAAAGGAGUUCAAUACAUGCUGCGAAACCAGCGCUCGGACGGCAUAUGGAUUUACAGGUGUCGCAACAGGUAUUGUACUUACACCUUGCUCAUGACCAAGAGUGGAAAAAUAAUUCCCAAAACUACCUGUUGGCAUAGUUGUGAGAAUAGUCGUCAGCCACAAAACAAUAAUGAGACCGCAUCGAAAUCUACUUCCUUCGCGAGUGUAAGCGAUUUGAGUUCCGAUAAACCUGAAAUAGAAGAUCCCGAUGAUGUGAUUAAUGAAAAUGAAAGUACCGAAGAACGAUCAACUACGAAGCGCAUUCGAUUGAACAGCGGCAACUUCGUGGAGCUAGAGCUAGAACAAACUGCGAAGCAAAACAGCGAGGACGAAGAUGUCGAUGAAGAGCGGUUACGAUGUAAUAGUAGAAGUGCAUCGGAAUCUUCUGGAGCAGCCAUAGAACCAGCCAUGGUCAGUGUACCUAAUCUGCCAGAGGUAGAACCAGACGAGGCAAUAAUCGAAGAAAGUAGUAGCAGUAGUAGCAAAAGGCACAGUCCCCUAACAGAGAACAUCCCGACAAUCGAGUGGGAAGAGGAGCAUCUGGAACAGAAUGAUGAGUAUGAUGAAGCCGCGGUUAAUACUAACGACGAUGUAGAAGAUUUUGAACUGGAUUACGGAUCUGAUGUACCUUCAAAAGAAUUACCUUCCUCCAACAAUCCGUGUACGAAUUUUACGCGAAUUGUUGUUGCAAAUAAUAAUACCGAGGAUAAUGACUCAAACACAGGAUUUAAAGGAGCUGAUCCGAUUACAACCACGCCUAGCGAUGCUGUUUAGGUGAUAAUAAACUGUUUCUUUCUUUCUACUCUCUCCGGAAAACGGAAAUUUUGAUUUUGAAGUUCUAGACGUAAAAUGUAUCAUCGUGAUCAUCCCCCGCUGCAUUGAGCAAGCAAAUUACUAUUUAUAAUGUGCUAUCUUUGCAAAAUCUCUCAAUUUUCAAUGUUUGAAGAAUUUUUGGUUUCUCUCAGAAUCAGGAAAUUUUUUAUGUUAAUAUUAUUCUUCUCUUCUCUUAUUGGUUAGUUAACGUUUACUGUUUUUACAUAUGAAUUAUGGAUUUAUGAAUACGUGCUUAAGGAUCGGCGUUUAUUUCGGAUGAAUAAAACCUAUUAACGAAAUACAUGUA